AUGCUCAUAAAUAAAAGCCACCAGUUUAUAAGGGCCACCCUGAAAUGGAUUUCUGUUAUCCUGGGCAAACAGUUGAGAGAUCAUUUGUAUCAGGGAAGGCACCAAGAAGAUUGGAACCAGAAUUGGUCAAUCAAUGACUUUAGGGACAACAUCCUCCUUUCUGAUUGCAUCCAGAAACUUUUCGAUAUCAAUGUGCUAUACCUAAUAUUCAAUUUUCUCUUGGAUGAUAAGCUUGUGAUGUCGUUUCAAGGGAUCCAAGCACAAGGGAAAAUGGUAACUGAGGACACUAUUUAUUCACAUCCGGAAUUGUAUCAGCAUUUUUUUCAAUCGAUACACACAUUAUGGUCUCAGCAAUGUCGAAAGAAAUUGAAUUCAAAGUUUUACCACUUUCUGAAUCCUGGUGCUAUUCGGUUUUUCUACUUACAAUUGAAUAGAGAAGAACCUUUGCAAUUGAAUCAAAUCUCGUUCCAAUGUUUGUUCCAAGUAUUUCAUAUCUGUGAACUCAUGUUGACAGUAGGUCUAAAUUGCAAUAAAUCUGCGGUUUGUUUAACGUCUUUAACCGUUCUGACCGAGGAGGAAAACUUGUUAUUGAAGCAAGAUCUUGAAUUCAGCAUGGUUAGAAACUAUUUGGUCUACAAGCAAAAGAAAUAUGGGAUAGAAUUCUUGGAAAAUAUACAGGAUUAUGUUGAUCUACUAGAGAACUCCUUGAAAGAAAAGCAAUCUGAAUCAAUUGUUCAGGAACCAAACGAGGAUGCGUACAGAGUUCUAUUAUGGGAAAAAAAGUUGAUGGAAAAAGUAAUCUAUUAUCAAUCUUCCCUGGACUUUUCUUCUAUCAAUUUGCGCUGA